UGCGACUUGCAAGUUACAUUGGAUUUGACCUAGAAACUCGUACAUAGCCACUGAAGUGUGGAAUUUUCUGUCUGAGGUCUAAAGAGGGGAAGAUGGCAGACGAAGGCAAUAGAACUGCUUUCCUUGAAAUUCAAGGUCGCAUGAUCGAGACUACCGCGAAGCUGAAGCAGGUGCAGAACCAGAUGCGUAACAAGGAAGGUGAAAAGAAGCGAGCUUUCCUAACCUUGGAGGAGCUGCGGCAGUUGCCCAAUGAUACUAAUGCAUACAAAUCCAUCGGGAGAAUGUUUGUAUUAGAGACCAAGGCAACUUUAAUGACUGAACAGGAGAACAAGAUCAAGGAUAGUGAAGCUUCAAUUACCUCUUUACAGAGCUCAAAAGAAUACCUAGAGAAGCAGAUCGCUGAGGUGGAAAAUAAUUUGAGGGAGCUGUUACAACAUGAUCCUGGUCUCGCACGUCAAAUCAUGUCUAUGAAUGUGUGAUGGAAAUUUUUUAUUGAACAUUCCCUGCUUGUAGCCGGUUUUCUUGCGCGUCUGAGCAAAUACUAAAAUUUAGGGCGUGUUUUAUAGGCAUUGUUGUAUGUUUGCACGGAAGUUACCUUAAUUUUUAAGAUUUUAAGCAUGAUACAAGUUUAGAAAAUCCUCAAUUAUCUGCCUUUUCACGCUGAAUAUUUACAAAUAAUUUAUCUCCUAUCUCCUUUUUAAUGUGAGUUUGGCCUUGCUGUACUUGUACAUAGAAAUUUUCUGGUUAGUGAUUGUGAUUAUAGUAUUUGUGGGGGAAUAAGUACUCCUAUGCCAUAUUGCAU